UAACGAAAUUCAACCUCUCGAGGUCACAUGAGUUGCUAACAUAAAAAUGUCGACGAUCAAAAGUACCAUGUUCUUUUGGUUUUGGGGAUUUAUUGCCCUAGUUCAUGGCUUCUCUACCUCGGUCAAAAGAGACCAGCUGAAUUUUAUAGUCCUUGGUGACUGGGGAGGAUUGAAUUUCUUUCCGUACAAAACUCCAAUAGAAUCGGCUGUUGCCAAGCAGAUGAGCAAGACAUCUGAACAACUUGGAGCACAGUUUAUCGUUGCUUUGGGAGACAAUUUUUACUUUAGUGGCGUAAAGAAUGUCAACGACAAAAGAUUUGAGGAAACGUUUGAGAAUGUUUUCUCAUCAAAGUCUCUCCAGAUUCCCUGGUAUUUCUGUGCCGGAAACCACGAUCACUAUGGUAACGCUUCUGCACAAAUCGCGUACAGCCAGAAAUCUAACAGAUGGAAUUUCCCAUAUUAUUACUAUACUAAAGACUGGACCAUUCCAGGAACGGACAAGAAACUGCAGUUGGUGAUGAUUGACACUGUCUUGUUAUGUGGUAACACAGUUCAUGAUUUCCUUGGUGGAAACAAUGCUCAAGGUCCAGAUUCCAUCGACGAUGCCGAGGUUCAGUGGUCCUGGUUAGAGAAGACAUUAAAGUCAUCUCAAGCUCAGUACUUGUUAGUUGGAGGGCAUUUCCCAGUAUGGUCCAUAGCUGAACAUGGCCCUACUCAAUGCCUUGUGGAAAGGCUAAAGCCUUUACUGGAGAAGUACGAUGUAACAGCGUACUUAUCGGGGCACGACCACAAUCUUCAGCACAUCAAGGACCCCAAGUCCAGUGUCGAUUACUUUGUUAGUGGUUCUGGUGCUUAUGUGGCUAACAAGACUGAUCACAAGGAUGACAUCCCUGCAUUGAGUCUACAAUUCUAUUGGGCCAACCCUUACAGUUAUGGUGGAUUUGCAACAAUUCAAGCUUCACCAAGCUCCAUGCUGCUUACUUUUAUCGAUGCCGAGGGUAGACAACUCUACACAAGAGCACUGCACUCUAGGGAGUACAAACACAACAUUCACUAAAAACGUUAAAGUGACCUUGAAUUCAACAUUUUCUAUGGUAAAUUAUCCAUUGCCUUAUCACGUCUUGACAACACUGAUAGCAGAAUCCUCUUCAAUCUGCAAGUUUUUACUCCGUCGGGAGUGCAUGAUAAUGAUUUUACUUUUAGGCCAACAGAAGGAACUACGAAAAGUAUUCUGGUAGCAAUAGUAUCAAGAUGUGAAAAUGGGAACAGAGAAGAGAGAAACCGAGAGAAACCGAGAGAAACCGGUUUUCAUUUUCAAACUCAAACCAUCCGGCUUUGCGCGCACAAUGCUACCUAAAUUUACGCUUCAUUUACCAAUUUUUUUCUUCCCUUAUUUGGUCACCAAUUUCAAUAUUUCGUCAAAAUAGCACAUCUCACAGUAUAUCGCUAAAAUCAUUAAGCAAAAUAUAAAUAAUUACAAAUUUAAGUCGUUUUUA